AUGGAUCAAUUUUAAUCUUUCGAAAUCAAUAUAUAACAUGAGUAGAAUUCUAGAGCAUCUGAUAAAUAAAUUUAAUCAGAAGUUUAAAAAAUAAGUAAUUGUUCUAGAAGAGCUUGGUCAUUAAAGGAAGACAAUAAAUUAAAGUAUGCUAUAAAAUAGAAUGGUACAAACUGGAUAAACGUUGCGUCAGCCAUGUAAAAUAGAAAUCCUUCUUAAUGUGCUUAACGAUGGAAAAGAAUAAAACCUUACAAUGUAAAAUUGUAUGUGAAUUUAGUUGUUUAGUAAGAGAUAACCAUGGACAAAUAAUGAGGAUUAAUAGUUGUUGACAUUAGUUUAGACACAUAAAAACAACUGGGUCUAAAUUGCCAAGAAAAUUCCAAACAGAACAAGUAAAUAAGUGAGAGAAAGAUUUGUUAACAAGUUAAAUCCAGAAAUCAAUCAAUAGCCUUUCACAGAAGCUGAAGACAAGCUUAUUGUUGAAGGAUUUAAAACUUUUGGGUCAAAAUGGUGUAAAAUUUCAAAAAUGCUCAAAGGUAGACCGGUAUUAUCAUAUUAUUAUAUAAAAGGAGAAUAUCAUUAAAAAUAGAUUUUAUUCCUAUCUUCGUAAGCAUUAUCUAUAAAUUGAUAAUCCUUAUUAUAUAAUUCCUCAACAAAAUUUAGAAUCCUCUGAAUAGUACCAAAAAAAAAAUAAACAAAAAAUAGAAAAAUCGUUAUAAAAAAUGAAUAAACACAAAAAAGAAAAAAAAAUAAAGAUUACUUAAGAACCAACUGAGGAAGGCUAAGACAAAAUGAUAAAUACAAUAUAAUCAAAAAAUGAAUUUGUUCCGAAAGACAUUUAGAAAUAAUAAGAUAUUGAAUAAAUUUAAAUUAAGGUUGAAACUAUGAUUUCCUAAUCCUCAGAUAUUUAGAAAUAAAAUGAAAACUUUCAAGAUUGUAACUUAUUAUAAUCAAUAAAAGAAGAGCCAAAAGAAAAUAAUUAUUAAGCUUUACUUCAAAAUAAAAAAGAUGAAAAUUCGUAAGCUAAUUUUUCUACAAAUUCUUUUGUUCAAAAUCCUACUUUACUUUUUAAUAAUAUUUAUUAUUAUAUACCUUAAAUUGGAUUGCCAUAUAUUCCAUAAUAUUUUUUGGCUACUCCGAUUAUUUAAUAUGGUGUAUCAAGUUAAGAAACUUUGUUCUAAAAACCCUUGGAAAUGUAAUAUACAAAUUCAAAUUGA